AUGGCAUUAGCGCAAGCAGCAGCUGCAGAAAACACGAAUGAAUAUAAAAUUCGGCGGAUUCGUUCAGAAAACAAUAAAUUUGAUGAUGUGACGUUAAUUUGGCUCGACGCUCAUAUCGACGAGAGUAGUGACUGUUUACAAGCCAAAGUUCAUUUACGUCUCAUCAUCAACGUUUUGAAGACUUUCAACGAUGUAGAAACAUGUAUUGCGUACAUUAAAUCGAUUGAUGAUGAUGAACCAAUAUGUGUGGUUGUAUCCGGAGCAUUGAGUAAUGCUUUCAUACCACUUGUUACUGAUUUAUCACAGAUUGUCUGUGUGGCUGUCUACUGCUUUAAUGAGUCAGCCUAUAGAGUUAGUGCCAAUAAAUUUGCCAAUCAAUCUUGUAAAUUUGUAGGCGUUUUUAUGGAGUUUGAUCCCUUACUUGAAGCACUUAAUGAGCGAGCCAAAAUGGUACGUAACUCAUUAUCAUUGAUUUUACCACUUGCAUAUGAAGGUGAUAAUCGACAACAAAAAUCUAUAAAAGAUUUGACUCAUGAAAACACCAUUUUUGUCUGGUUUCAGCUUCUCAUUCAUGCAAUCUUUCGAUUACCACGCACCGAUGUAGCACGAAAAGAAAUGAUUCAUGAAUGUGAACGGCAAUACUGUGGAAAUUCAGCACAAUUGGCUAAAAUUAAUGAAUUUGAAAAAACAUAUAAACCUAGUGAUGCUAUUCAUUGGUAUACACGCGAUUCAUUUGUUUAUCGAAUAAUAAAUCGAGCUUUACGCACACAAAAUAUUGAUAUUAUUCUAAAGUUUUACCCACUGAUUGCUGAUAUUCAUGAUCAUUUGACUACUUUACACCAACACUUCAUUGACGUAGGACCACCACCUGUUCUUACUGUUUACCGUGGACAAAAGAUCCACAUCGAUGAAUUAAGCAAAAUUACCCAAAAUGUGGGCCGUCUUCUAUCGAUGAAUUCUUUUUUUUCAACAGGUUCCAACCGUAUACUAGCACGUUUAUUUGCGGGGGAGUCGAAUCAAGCAAAUGAUCGACUUGUUUCGAUUCUUUAUGAAGUCUAUAUAGACACCAAAGUACCUGCAGCACCGUUUAGCAAUAUUGGACAAAACAGUCAAUUUCCUGAUGAGGAAGAAUUUCUUUUUUCUGUCGGUGCCAUCUUCCGUAUCGAAUCAGCUGACGAGAUCACUGAUGAUCUUGGCAAAGUCUGGCUUGUCCGCAUACGUUUGGUCGAUGAGCGUCAUGAACAAGAACUCAAUGACCUUCUCGACCACUUGAAAUCGCACAUGGGUGAAACCAGUUCUAUUCUCAUUUUGGCUGCGUUCCUUUUUCAAAUGGAUGAUAUAGCUGGCGCAGAACGAUAUUACACAUUACUACGUGAUGAAUUGCCGGAAGAUGAUUCGGACCAACCGAUUGUUUUGAAUAACCUUGGGCAGAUUGCUCAUAAAACGAAUCGAACACAGGAAGCUCUUGAUUUGUACGAGCAAGCUCUGAAAGGAUACGCCAAAGAUGCUGUUCCACGGCCGUAUCUCACUGCCAUUACAAUUGGCAAUAUUGCCACGAUUCAUUACUCGAAAGGUGAUUAUGAGAGAGCUGAAGUUCAAUUUAGAAAAGUUCUUGAAUUGCAAAAAGAUUGCCUAGAUGCCAACAAUGAAUUAUUUAUUACAACUCGAAAUAAUCUUGGCGCUAUCUUACAUCAGCGAGGGAAACUUGAGGAAGCACUCGAGCAAUAUCAAAAAGCACUGGUUUUAUGCCAAUGUGUUUUCAAAACAGAAAAUCAUCCAACACGUGGUACAACUGAAGGAAAUCUCGGUAAUAUUUAUGAUGCCUUAGGUAAAAAGCGUGAGGCCAUCGAUUGCUUUGAACGAUCUCUCGCUAUUUGCAAGCGUUGCCUUCCACCUGGACAUUAUUCAUUGGUUAGUAGCCAUGCUAAUUUAGCACAUAUGUAUAAUGAGAUCGGUAACUAUGAAACAGCCUUGAAUCAUCUUGAAUGCGCUCUAACCAUAGAAAAACAAGCUGGUCACGGUUCCCAGAAAAAUCCAAUCUCACUAGCAAAUAUUCUCGACGGAUUCAGUUUAGUAUACCUUCGGCAGAAUAAACUCACUCAAGCACUUGGAUACUGUAAUCAGGCAUUGAAAAUAUUGCCAAAGGGUCAUCCGAACAGAGCUUUCACUUAUAGACAACUAGGUGCCAUAUAUAGAAAAAUGGGUAUUUAUCAACUUGCCAGAAGAGCAUAUCAAGAAGCAAUCAGUGUCAAUCCACACAACGAAAUUAUACUUGCAGAAAAUCUUCAUUCUCUUGGCUUAGUUCAGUCUGAUGAAGGAAAGCACGAUGAAGCCAUCAUGUUAUACAGACGUGCCCUAGAAAUUCGACAACGACUACUACCUCCUACGCACCCAGCUAUUGGUAAACUGUACAAUGAAAUCGGUGGUACAUUUCUCUCGAUCGGACGUUUGGAAGAAGCUCUGGAGCAUUUUCAAAAGACAAGAGCUAUUGAAGAGGAAGCGUUGCCAGAAAUGCAUAUAGAAAGAGCACGUACAUCGAAUAAUAUUGGUGUCACGCUGUUCAAACUAGAUAGACCUGAAGAAGCACUACUGUUUGUGGACCAAGCAGUUGCAAUAGCUCGUGUUCUACUUCCCGAUACUGACUCUCUUCGUAUCAUGUUCCAAACAACAGCUGAUUGUGUACGCAAGCGAAUUGAGACCGGUAGCUGUGAAGGCGUCAAUGUUGGCGUAAAAUAA